UCGAGUGACCUUUGUUUUCAUUCGCACUAGCAUUGUGCCUCCGAUCGGUAGUUAGUAUCUAGUUGGUUACUUAGUUAGUUAGUCACGCAGUUAGCUAGUCCAGUGGCCAGUGAAAGAGAGUAGGAAAAUGUCGCAGAUGCUCCAGCUGGACGCCUUGGUCAUGGCCAUGGCCUGUCUGUCCACCACGCAAACAGAUCUGGGCGGAGGUCUGAUGGUGCCGCCCUCCUUGGAAAAUGCGAGCUCCCAGAGUUGUCCCGUUUCGUCCUUGAGUGGCCUGACCACCCGGAUGCAGUCGCUGAGCAGGGAGAUAGACAGUGUAAAGGAGCAAAUCGGAAGUCUGCAGGAGCAGCUGGUGGAUCUGCGGAGAACGGGAAGUCCCCCGGUGGUGGCACUCGGUUCGCCCAAUGUUCUGGCCUCUCGAUUGUGGGUGUAAAUAAAAAAUAUAAAU